UGGGAUGUGUACGUAAAUAUAUAUCACCGUAAUUAUAUUUAUAAAGAAAGAGAAUUAAGACAGACAGCACACGUGCAGAUAGUAACAGUUUUAAAUUUGAUAGCAAAUAAACAAACCUUUAAAUUUUGACUGAUUAUCUGACAUUUAAAUAAAUUAUCCAUAAAAAUUUUGUUGGUUUAAUUUUUUAAUCUGGGUAAUUAGUGUCGGUUCAAAUUAUAAAACUGCAUAAAGUUAUGUCGGGAUUAGUAAAAAUAGACGGAAGUCUGGGAGAAGGUGGUGGACAAGUACUGAGAAUAGCACUGAGCCUGAGUGCACUUUACAAAAUACCUAUAGAAAUUGAAAAUAUACGAGCUGGACGUCCAAAGCCGGGACUGGCUGCCCAGCAUCUCAAAGGAGUUGAAAUUGCACAGAGUAUGUGCAAUGCCCAAGUAAAAGGAGGGUACCCCGGGUCAACGCGUUUAGAAUUUAUUCCAGGAGUUAUAAGUAAAACGCAGAAACGAACUUUUCAUGCCGACACCCAGACUGCUGGUUGCAUUUGUCUACUUGCCCAAGUCGCUCUACCAAUAGCACUAUUUCUGCCUCCUGGUGAGCCAAUUACUCUGGUACUCAAAGGAGGGACCAAUGUCCCGAUGGGGCCUCACAUUGAAUAUUUUACAGAAGUUUUCCGACCUUGGUUGAAUAAACUAGGGGCUGAUUUUGAUUUUACCGUUUUAAAGAGAGGAUAUUAUCCAAAAGGAGGUGGAGAAGUUCAUCUCAGAAUACCGCCAGUAAAAAGUUUAAAUUCUGUAGAAAUGCUGCAUCAGGGUGAGAUAAAAAGUAUUUCAGGAUGGGCGUAUGUUGCUGGAUCAGUUCAUUUAUCUGAAGCCUACAACAUGGCAGAGGUGACCAAAAACACAAUACACAGGAAAUUGACUGACAAUAAUAUUCCAGUUCCGUCAAUUAAUAUCGAGUCAUAUCGAGAAGACAGAGAGAUGGCUGUCGGCAAUGGAUCUGGCAUAAAUGUCGUCUGUCAACUGAACAGUGGAUCUGUUAUUGGAGGCUCUGGACUUGGUUCAAAUCGCCGUGACAAUAAAUCAGAUCCAGCUGUUGAAGCUGCUGAGCAGAUCGUCAAACCUAUUCUUGAUGGUUCUUGUAUUGAUGAGCAUAUGCAGGACCAAAUGGUGCUUUUGAUGGCUUUAGCACACGGUCGCUCAAGAUUAUUACUGGGCAAGCAACAACUUACACAGCACACGGAGACAGCAAUUAAAGUUGCUGAACUAAUGCUAGGAAACCGCGGAUUCCGUUGCCAAGUGACAGCAAAUCAGAAUGCCGGUGACUCGAAACAAAAUAUUCUUGAAUGCGAUGGCUGCGGUCUCACAAACGCUGUUAAUUAAUUUAAAUUAUCAUCUAAAAUACUGUAAUUUUAUUUAUUUAAAUUAAAAAUAAAAUAUUUAUAAAGACUUUUA